AUGCGGUUCUCUUUCCUUGCCGCCACCUUGUGUUUCUGUGCACUUGCAUCUGCUGCGACUGUGCAAAAGCGCGGCGAUGAUGACGCGAAGAUUUACCUGAUUCGACACGGCGAAAAGGUCAAUGACGAUACGGUAGGUCUCUCGUCUGCCGGCCAGCAGCGUGCUCAAUGCGUUGCUGACCUAUUUUCGCAGGAAGACAAGAAAGUGGACGCUAUCAUUACCCAAGAUUUCAAGUCAGAUGGAUCGCGCAUCCGUCCUUACGACACGGCCAAGCCGCUCGCCGACCGCCUGGGGCUGACUAUUGACCACCACUGUGACCGCGACGAUGACGACUGUGCAGCGGACACGGUCUCUGACGCCGCAAAGAACGGUGCCAAGACUAUCCUGGUUUGCUGGGAACACGAUGCGCUUAGUGACAUUGCCGACAAACUCGGCAUUGACGACCUCGACUACCCUGGUGAUCGCUUCGACAUUGUCUUCCAAAUGUAUGGCGGCGAGAUGGACUCAAUCUUCUCCGAGGGCUGCCCUGGUCUCGACGACAAAUACCAGGGCUGGGUUGGCACGCGCAAGGACAACCUGAUUGAUGACGACAGCUGGGCUCAUGGAGCUGGUAAGUAG